UUAGCUUAUCUUUGAUUUGCUUGCUUUGUGAGAUGUGAAGUUGCCUUUGUUUAAUGGCAUCCAUCGAAAUGACCCCCAUAAGUUUUAACAACACGACGAAAAAUAACAGAGAAACAAAAAACUUUUAGCAAAACAUUAUUUGUCGUUCUUGUUCUUGUACGUUGUAAUUACUCCUGUCCCCUCCAACAGUCCCAACUCCACCUCUCUCUCUCUCUCUCUCUCUCUCUCUCUCUGUGUGCUUCGAUCGGAUCUGAGGCUCUUCUCCAUAGGAAUAGAAAGACACCACCCCCGCCAUCUCAACCCACCAAAAGUUGUGUCGCUUUACUCUUUUAUUUGACGUUUUGGGUUCUCACUCUUCCAACUGUCAUGAAGCACUGCUUGCUCUGCAUUGCACUUACGCUUCUCUGAUCAGAUUGUAGGAAGAGAUAAAGAAGGGAAAGUCCAGUCGGUUGUAUUUGGCUCAAAUCAACGGAGACUUUGGUUUUCUUGUGUUUUAAACAAAGAAAGCUUCGAGCUUGAUUGUCUUUUACAAAUUUCAGCUUCUAUUAUUUUACUGAUUUUCUCAGCAACCAAAAGAGGCAUUUGGAUGGUUGGGGAAGUUCUUGACGGCGGCGUUUAAGUUUCAAACGAAUAACCUGUGCGAACUUGCUGAAUGGAGUCGCCUAUCGAUGGAGUUCUUUCUUUAUCAAAAACUCAGAAUUUGGCAAUAGGCAACAAGCCUCCAAGAUCUGGGACUCCUCGCUCCUCUCAUCCUCCAUCUCCAAAACAAACUCGAAAUGAAGUGGCUUCUUUCAUUUCCUAUGCAAGUGCUCAUAAUCAUGAUGGCAUGAAGACAGCCCGCCUUCCAAACGGUUAUGUGGUUAAUCAAAAUCCUUUCUACGAAGCAGCCCAUGAUAAUGUGCAGUAUGAAGAAUCACCCAGUAUUACGAAAUGCUUGGACAACUCAAAUAAGGUGAAAUCCAAAUAUGCAAGCCACAGUGAUGUUCUGAAUAAAGCAGUUGAAACCUCUCAUGUGGAGAAGGUUUCUGCUGUGGAAACAAAAUCUUACUCCAAGAAUCCCAUUGCUGAUUGCAAAAAUAACUCAAGUGGCUUAAUUGAAUCUGAAAAUUCUGUUUUGGGCCCAUGUAAGGGAGGGGCCGCACAGGUAGACAGCCACUUAACAUCUCAGUCCAUAUUAACCUUUUCUCCAAGUCCUCAGAAUAGUGUCUAUUCUGUGACCUUGUAUUCAGAAGCCAAGCAAAGCUUUACAAACACAGAAGUUAGUGAAUGUACGAGCAGUAUCGAGAAGUUUGGUGAUGGUGUUGAAGUUACUAAUUCUUGUGAUUUUGUCGAGAGCAGGAAGACCAGCAUCUAUAGAGGCAGUACUGGCAGUGACAUCAGCGAUGAAAGCAGUUCCAGUAGUUUAAGCAGUGCCAUGUACAAGCCCCACAAGGCAAAUGAUAUAAGAUGGGAGGCCAUUCAGGCCAUUCGAUCUCGUGAUGGGAUGAUGGACAUGAAACAUUUUAGAUUGUUGAGGAGACUGGGAUGUGGAGAUAUUGGCAGUGUCUAUUUAUCAGAGUUGACUGGCACUAGAACGUAUUUUGCCAUGAAGGUUAUGGAUAAAGCAGCUCUAGCGAGUCGCAAGAAGCUUUUGAGGGCUCAGACUGAAAGAGAAAUACUGCAGUCUCUAGAUCAUCCCUUCCUACCCACAUUGUAUACACAUUUUGAGACAGAAAAAUUCUCUUGCUUGGUAAUGGAGUUCUGCCCUGGUGGAGAUCUGCACGCACUCAGGCAAAGACAACCAGGGAAGUAUUUUCCAGAGCAUGCUGCCAGGUUUUAUGUGGCUGAAGUUCUUCUUUCUCUGGAGUAUUUGCACAUGCUUGGGAUCAUUUACAGAGACCUUAAACCAGAAAAUGUGUUGGUAAGAGAAGAUGGACACAUAAUGCUCUCAGACUUUGACCUCUCUCUAAGAUGUGCUGUCAACCCAACUCUGGUGAAAUCUUCAAAUUCAAGCUUGGAGACUAAGAAUUCAGGAUACUGUGUGCAACCUGCCUGCAUAGAGCCAACUUGUGUAAUGCAGCCAGAUUGCAUCCAACCUGCAUGUUUCGUACCACGCUUCUUGUCAAGCAAGCCGAAGAAAGAAAAAAAGAACAAGCCAAAGAGUGAAACAUGUCAUCAAGUAACCCCCCUCCCUGAGCUCAUUGCCGAACCCACAAAUGCUCGAUCGAUGUCUUUUGUUGGUACACAUGAGUACUUAGCACCUGAAAUUAUCAAGGGUGAAGGCCAUGGAAGCGCUGUAGAUUGGUGGACAUUUGGGAUAUUUCUUUAUGAGCUUCUGUUUGGUAAAACACCAUUCAAGGGAGCAGGGAACAGGGCUACUCUAUUUAACGUGGUUGGCCAGCCCUUGAGAUUUCCAGAGUCACCUACCGUGAGCUUUGCUGCUAGGGACUUGAUCAGGGGUCUACUUGUGAAAGAGCCACAGCAUCGUCUUGCUUAUAGACGCGGUGCUACAGAGGUUAAACAGCAUCCCUUUUUUCAAAGUGUGAAUUGGGCCCUCAUUCGUUGUACAAAUCCACCAGAGGUGCCAAGACCGGUUGCGAUGGACAUCCCUACCAGAACUGAUGUGCCAAAGGCACCCACAACUGAGGUGCCUGGUGUUGAUGUGAAGCCUUCAGGUAAUUAUUUGGAGAUUGAUUUCUUUUGAUUUCUGUAUCCAUUUUCUUUCUUUGAACCAGUUUCCAUCUCCUCAUUUGUAUUGUGCUUCAAUGGUUUCUUUCCAUUGCUAAAAAGAUACAAAUUUGAAGUUCCUUUGAUUGGCACUUGUAAUAGUGCUAGGCAAAUGAGAAACAGCAGCGAGGAAAAAAGCCAAUGCAUUAAAAUGAGGAAAGAAGUUGCUGAUCUUUUAUCACA